UUUGUCUCCAGUCGAACGGUAAAUAAGUACUUCGUACCUUGUGAAUCCAUCGACACCAAAAUGGCUUUUGGUUUUUACUGCACUCUCGUUGGGAUCGCUUUGUGCUUUAAUGGAGCGCUUGGAAUUAAGUGUUACGAAUGUGAUUCGAAAACAAAUAAAGACUGCCUAAACGUUACGGCACUCACUUCUACAGAAUGCCAAAUAGGUGGCGAAUCACUAAAAAUCGUGCAACAUUUUAAUUCAUCUUAUCGAGAUGCUGGAACAAAAGAAUGGGCAUGCAUGAAAGGGACAACGGAAGAUAAAAAUGUGCAUCAUGUACAGCGAGCAUGCAUAAAAAAGUCUCAAUGUAUGAAUUUGAAAAACGCCGAAUGCUGUUACGAGGAUGUUUGUAACUCAUCGUUCAAAACCAACGUUGGAUUAUUCACCCUUGCCGCUUCUUUGAUGUUCAUCACUCUGUUUUAUAAAUAAAACAUCGUGCCAAUGAUUGUCGUACAAGCGUUUGUAAAGACGCAUCUUACAAUAAUGUUGAGUUAUUUAAUCAUCACGUAUGAAAUUUUGUAGUGAGUCGAAGCCGAAUAAACUUUUUAUCCGCGAAAUUGUCCCAUACGUAACUUUUCUGUAUUUUGAUGUUCAAUGUGUGUUCUUUUGUAUUUCACUACGGUUGAUAUGUAAUAACUUAUAGUUCCGACCAUUUUUUACUUUUUGUAUUAAAAUUUUUAAUUUCCUUAUACAUUUAAAUGCAGAGUUUAAAAAAUUAAUGUUGGUUAAAACGACAUGGGUCUUAAUUGUACGUUUUAACGUGUACGACAAUGCGUGAACAUGACUACAUAACUAUAAUUAAUAUUAGUUCUCAUGCCUUCAAUCGGGGAGUCUUUACUUGUUCCACCUUCUGAAUCGACAUGGAUACUAAAUUUUGUACCUGCGGAUUUUAUAAUUACAUCAUUUCUUUUACUUAAAUAUAUGAUGUUUAAAUUACCAGUUUCAAAUAUGUAAUAAAAGUAUUAACAAAAUUAAAUAAAAAUUUUUGAAGAAUUUUGC